GUUGUCAAAAACGGAAAAGUCCGAAGUUGACGGAAAUUUGACGAAAAAUUCAAGGAAACUUUUGUAAGUAAAUUUUUGCUAAAGCAAACUGUGCUAUUAGGGUAGCCAACCUUACAAAUUACGGAGCGUGGCACAUUUUCACCGUCAAGUCUAUCAGACGGGGACACAAUUACCAUCAAAUGAAAUGUCAACUCUCAGAUGUCAAUCCUGAAUCGGUUUCAACGAGUAAACUGUCAACAUGGCAAUGUUUAGUUGAAGAACCUUAUGUAUAUUAAUUUAUUUAAAUAUUGAUAAUAUUUUUUCCAAAGAUAAAAAUAACAGACGCAUUAUGUCAGCUCUUUUUAAUUUUCAAAGUCUCAUGACAGUGAUUUUAUUGCUAAUAUGCACGUGUGCUUAUGUGCGAUCAAUCAUGCCGCGUAUAAUAGAUGGCAAAAAAGUUGGCGUUGGAGGUAUAUUUUGGAAAUGUGCAAGAAUUGGUGAAAGAAAAAGUCCCUACAUAGCAAUUGGUUGUCUAUUUAUGGCAUUCAGUAUAUUAUUUUGUUCUUAAACAAUAAUUCUUUAAGCAAACAAUUAACUUUAACAAAAAAAUUUUUUUUUAAAUAAACUGAUUAAAAUUA